AUGGAUGCAAGGGAAACAUCGCGGGCAGCCUGGGAGGGUGCACCGUUAAGCGAGCUCGCAUCCGAGACGGCGCUCAUAGCGGGUGUUGGCGACGCUACAGAUGGAGAGUGGGCCUGGACCCUGCCGUCGGAGCAUCCCGAUCUAAUCCCACUGGGAGGCGGCAUUCCCGACGCGCCAACGAUCCCUUCCGAGCAGUACAGGCGUGCGCUGAACGCUGUUCUGGACGAAGAGGCCGACCACGCCAUGGUCUACGGCGGCUGGAUGGGAUUCGAGGGAUUGAGGGAGGGACUGGCCAACCGACAGAACCGACUCGAAGGCCUCGACCUAGACGCGGACAACUUCAUCAUUCAUAACGGCGGUUCCGCAGCGAUGGACAACAUUGCCAGGACAUUCGUCCGUGCUGGUGACGUGGUGAUAGUCGAGGGUCCGAGCUUUUCCGGUUUCGUCGAGACGAUUCAGGCCUGCCUGGCUGAGAUCGUUGAGGUCCCUGUUGACGAUGAUGGCAUCUCGCUUGAGGCCGUAGCGGCUGCCAUUGCGGAGGCGGAGGCGGCCGGUAAGACGGUCAAGAUGGUCUAUACGAUCCCCGACUAUCACAACCCGACCGGCGUCACGAUGUCUGAAGCUCGCCGCAGGGCGCUGCUUGAACUGUGUGCCCCCCACCGCGUCAUGGUCGUUGAAGACGGCACGUACAGUGAGCUCUACUUCGAUGUCCCUCCUCCUCCUUCGAUGUACGCACUGUCCGACGGCUACGGAGUAAUGAGAAUCGGCACUUUCAGCAAGGUAGCCGCCACCGGCCUGCGAGUUGGCUGGACACAGGCCAGGAGCAGCUUCAUAAAGGCGCUGACCAAAGUCAGGUAUGACAUGGGGGCCAGUCCCAUACUGCUCAGGGCAAUGGCGCGCUAUCUGGAAUCCGGCCAUCUCGAGUCCCAUGUGGAGGAGUUGCGCGAACUGUACGCGCUCAAGUGCCGGACUCUGUGCGACUCUCUCGAAGAACACUGCGGCUCAUAUGUCAGGUUCACCCGCCCCACGGGAGGGUUCUUCCUGUGGCUGGAGUGCAUCGGCGCGCCCGCGUCUGAGGUGAGGGCUGCGGCUGCUGAAGAGGGACUCAUACUAGCGGGCGGUUCGACGUUCUUCCACGAUCCGAAAAAGGCCCAGGACAGGUAUCUCAGGCUCGCCUUCAGCAGCGCGUCUGUUAAUCAGCUCAGGGAAGUCGGGGCAAGACUGGCAACUGCGUUUCGCAAAGUCGUUGACUGA